CGACCUGGAGCAUCCGUGAACUUGUUUGAAUUCGUCAAUGGCAGAAAGAGAAGCAAAUCGACUUGACUGUGAGCCAACCUACCAAACGUCCGCUAUGAGAGAUUUGAAAACGCUCGCCCAAAUUUCUGUCUUGGCUGCGAGUGUAGUUACGGGACUGUCUUUUUCCCCACUAUCCAAGAGUAAGGCAACUUUUCCCGGUGUACUCUCUCCUAAGUCGUCCGCUUCCUCUUUGUCAGCAACCACGCCGACGUCCCCAUCGGCUAAAGCAUUUACUACCAAGAGAGCCCGCGACUUGAUGCAAUCCUUGGUGGAAGAAGAUAAGUGCUAUGUGACAGAAGCUGGUGCCAGAGCAUUUGCCGAAGUUUGUGCUCCGGACGUGUUGAUUGAAGAUCGCUUCUUUCCGCAGCCCUAUACGGGGAAAACAAAUGCAGCCGCAUACAUUAUGGAGCGCGUCGCCCAACGGAAAGGUAAGGGUGAAGUUCGCAUUGAUCGAAUUAGCGAUGGCGAUAUAGCUUGUGGAUUUGCUUGGACUUGGACAUGUGGCCAGGAAGAAGGAUUGCGCGGAACUACCUUCGUCGAACUCAACGAAAACGGCCAGAUCAAAUACAUCCAAGAAAUUCCCGAGCCGUUGUUCAAACCAGGAAAUCUGACCAAGGAAUUGCUCCGGGCCGUCACGCAAGGCGCGGAACCGAAGCCAACAGUGUCUUUUGAAAAGAAAGCGCCGACGGCCGCCAAUGAAGUGGCAAAGUACCUAUACGUCGACCUGCAAAACGCCGAACCCGAAGCCGGCACUGCCGAGCUCAUGCGAUUUCUUGCCGACGACAUUCUGUAUCGCGAUUUCAAUUUUCAAAAUCCUUUGACUAGUCCAGCCGAAGUGAAAGCCUUUGUCGAUGAUUUCUCGUUUCCUGGUAUUGAAUUUCGUCCCUUACGUUUUGACGACGGUGAUUUGAGUACUUGCUUUACGUGGGAAGUAGUAUUGGACGACGCACCAGAUACAGUCAAGGGAAUGAGUUUCUACGAGCUUGAUCCGGAAACCCGAAAGAUAGUGUACGUUCGGGAUGUGCCCGAGUCAGCCAUCAAGCCGCCGAUUCUGGGUAAGCUUGCGCGAGAUUUCCGACCAGGCUUGGGUGUCUUUCGAGGCGUUCCCCUUGGGAGUCGACCGGGAGGGAAAUAGCGAAGACACAGUCCGUAAUAUUUUCGGAUUCUCUUCUAUUUCAUCAAAGUAUCACCAGGCUUUCAAUAUUUUCAUUGUCUCUCCGAUGUUGCGGGAUUUCUCACUCCCUCACAAGGCACAGAU